CAUUUAGGACUUGUCACGCCAGUGGUUGUAAGCGAAUAGCAGACCAGCCCGCGAAAGAAACUCCCUCAAACUGCGCCUACCAAACACAUCCACAACGUUUUGAACAUCGACGGCAUUUUAGGCACCCUUUCCACCAUUUCUGACCGCCGUCGACGGCAAAAAUGCUCGGUUUCUUGCUUUUUUUGUUGGUCGUUUUCGGUGGCGCUGGACUUUGGGUCCACCUGAAAGGGAUAGAAUAUGUGAUGAUACACCAACGAUGGGUUUUCGUGUGCUUCUUUUUGCUGCCUUUAAGCGUGAUUUUCGACAUGUACCACUACCUGAGGACUUGGAUCGUCUUCCAGCUCCACAGCGCGCCCAAGAAACACGACGACAGAGUAAGAAACAUCCAGAAACAGGUGCGAGCGUGGAAGGAAGACGGGAGCCGUAAGCCCAUGUGCACAGCGCGGCCCGGCUGGCAGACCAUGAGUCUUCGGGUCGGCAAGUACAAACAGACAAUGCAGAAUAUCAACAUCAACCUCAUCGACAUCCUGGAGGUGGAUGUCAACCGCCAGGUUGUGCGAGUGGAGCCGCUAGCGACCAUGGGACAGAUCACUGCCACCCUGCUGCCACUGGGCUGGACUCUGCCUGUGCUGCCGGAACUGGACGACCUCACUGUCGGUGGUUUGAUCUGUGGAGUAGGAGUAGAGACCUCCUCCCAUCGCUACGGUUUGUUCCAGCACAGCUGUGAGGCGUUUGAGCUGGUGCUGGCUGACGGCAGUCUGGUCAGGUGUACCAAGGAUGAGAACCCAGACCUGUUCUACGCGGUGCCCUGGUCCCACGGCACCCUGGGAUUCCUUGUCGCCGCAGAGAUAAAGAUCGUCCACGCUGCCAACUUUGUCAAGGUCGAGUACAAACCCUGCCACACGGCCGAGGAGGUCAACAAGGUCUACACUGAGGAGGUUCUGAAGAAGAGCGACAAUGACUUUGUGGAGGGGCUGAUGUUCAGUGAGAACGAGGCUGUCGUCAUGACAGCAAAUCUGACCAAUCAGGCAGAGCCAGGCAAGGUGAACUCCAUCGGUCUGUACUACAAGCCGUGGUUCUUCAAACACGUGGAGACCUUCCUGAAGACCGGCCCUGGUGUGGAGUACAUCCCACUGAGGCACUACUACCACAGGCACACACGCGCUAUCUUCUGGGAGCUUCAGGACAUCAUUCCCUUUGGAAACAACCCAAUCUUCCGCUUCCUGUGCGGAUGGAUGGUCCCGCCGAAAGUUUCCCUUCUGAAACUGACUCAGGGAGAGACGGUCCGGCAGCUGUAUGAGAAACACCACGUGAUCCAGGACAUGCUCAUCCCGCUCGACAAGAUGGGCGAAGCGCUCAGGGUCUUCCACAAGGAGAUCAAGCUGUACCCGUUGUGGCUGUGCCCCAUGCUGCUCCCCUCCCAGCCCGGAAUGGUCCAUCCCAAGGGUGACCAGGAUGAGAUGUACGUGGACAUUGGCGCUUACGGAGAGCCAAAGACCAUGGACUUCGAGGCUGGCACGACCACAAGGCGUCUGGAGGAGUAUGUGCGCAGUGUGAAUGGGUUCCAGAUGCUGUACGCGGACUGCUACAUGACUCGUGAGGAGUUUCGCCAGACGUUUGACCACACCCUGUACGACAAGAUGCGGGCAGAGCUCAGCUGCGAGAAGGCCUUCCCUGAGGUCUUCGACAAGAUCUGCAAGAAAAACAGGCACUGAGCAGUCAACACUGAGGACAGC